AUGAGACGCCCGUCGCUGAGGUCCUCUAUCUCUGACGAUGAAAUCUGGACCGCGCCAACAGCAGCAGACUGGAGUCGUAGUUUAACCCGGCAACUAAGUUCCCAUGUGCGUUCGGACUCGGUGGCCAAACAAAACAGCUUCAAAGAAUAUUUCGCCCUGGAGGAGAUUGCAGGAUCUGUAUGUGAUGCCCGUAUGUCUGAUGAUUACUCCGCGUUACCUUCACAGCAAAGUGUGCUCGAGAAGUUCUACUGCAAUAAUAUUACCCAGAGAAGUUCUUCCGCUGGCCCUGAUAACUUCUGCCUGAGAGCGCUGUGGCACGUCACAUUUCUCUCCUCCCUGGUGGAUUUUGAUCGCUUGGAACUUGCAGUUGGGCGUGAGGGGCAUGAAGAGUCACAGAGGCACGUGUGUUACGCUCGAGCCUGGGCAAAUUCGCGAGAUGGCUGCCGGUGCGUUGUCCAUGCAGUCCUGACCUUCCGCUGCCUGGAGAGUAUGCCUAGAGCGAAGGAGCCACCAAUCCACGCGCCUCGGUCUCUACAUCGAGCUAUAUUGGUACUCUAUUGCUAUCUUCAGUUCAAGGAUAUAGCAUAUCACACAGAUGUCACACAGAAUGUCUUCGACUUUCCGGAACUCAAGCACGCGGGUAUUAAUUGUGAAAGGAUACUCGCGGAGGUCAAUGGUCCCGGAAUGUGGGGGCCAAAGCCCAUGCAUUCCAGCAUGCUGUGUCAUUGUAUUGACCUAUUAAGACGUCUUGGACACUGGGGCCUGGCGCGACAACAGGCUGCGAUGUGGGAAGUUGUCGUGUAUGGACUGUCGCCAAAUUAG